UAAUUUUUCUCGCUGAAGUAAAAAAAAAUUGAAGAACGAAACCAAAACUUGUUUGGCAAUCGUCAAGUUCUGGGGCUCUUCGGAUCGAUUUAUGCGCAGUGGUUAAUUUUUUAAGCGCUAACCAUCAUGAUGGCAACAGUAAUCUAAAAAUUUCUGCGAAAACAUCGAGAUUUGUUUACAUUUGAAGACACUUGUUUAACUUAUAGGUCACUGGUCUUGCGCCAUGGCCCCCUGCGUAUUGCGUAGCUGCAUUAGUUUGUCCCAGGCCAUCAGCUGGUCGAAGACUGUUUUGCUAGUACAGAGGGGAGUCAUGACAGCUUGCCGGUCGCAUCCUGCUUUGCGAAGAUGUCAUUCUUACGGGGAACCAAGACUGAGUCCGCAAGAGGUAUCUUCCCUUCUAAGAAUCAAUGAAGUCAAUCAAGAAGUCAACUCAUUCUCUGUCAGAGCAUUUGAAGCAAAUCAAUUAUCCUCCAACAUACCAAUUGAAGAUAGGAUUUCCAUUGCCAGGUGCAGGUACACUACAGGUUUACUUUUUGGUGUGUUUGAUGGCCAUGGUGGAGGUGAAGUUGCUGAAACUUUAAGUCACAGACUCUUCGAUUACAUUGCUCUUAAACUUUUGCCUGCUUCCGUUCUUCAAGAAUUAGUAGAUUCUGAAGUUAAUUUAUGUGGUCAGUUAAUUGAACAUUAUACUGAAAAGAGGCUGUCUUCAAAAAUGUUGGACAUACACAACGACAGUUUGAAAAGAUAUGCCAAAGAACUUCUAGGUACUAAGAAUGAAGAGUUUGAUUUUCAAAUGCAGAAUGCUCUUUCACAAGCUUUUGUAAAGCUAGAUAAUGAUAUAUCACGAGAAAUCCAGGAAUUUUCCAACAGUAACAUAGACUUAUUGGCUCUUGCUAUUAUGGGUGCUUGUGCAUGUGUUGCCCACAUUGAUGGUUCUCAUCUUCACUUAGCGACCAGUGGUGACUGUCGCGCUGUUCUGGGAAUUCUUUCAGAUGCAAACAAAUGGAUAUGUAAACCCUUAGGAAGUGAGCAUAACACAGAUAAUGUUGAAGAGAUGAGACGUGUAAUGUCUGAACAUCCUAAGUCAGAAAUGAACACAGUCAUAAAAAAUGAAAGACUUUUGGGACAGUUAGCGCCAUUGCGAGCAUUUGGUGAUUAUCCGUAUAAAUGGAAAACUGCUCUGCAGAAAAAGCUACUUGUGCCAAUGUUUGGAGCUGGGAUACUGCCGCCAAAUUACUACACUCCGCCCUACUUAACUGCCAAACCAGAAGUAUUUCAUCAUCAUCUGACAGCUCGUGAUAAGUUUUUGAUCUUAGCUACUGAUGGUUUGUGGGAACAGAUGUUACCACAUAAAGUUGUCAAAUUUGUGGGGGAACAUAUGAGUGGUAAACAAACUUUAGAUUUGCUAAGACUACCACGAAGACGCAUGAGUUUGGAUGACAUUAAUGAAAUAUUAGUUCAAAGGCACAUUGGUCUUUCUAAACAACCAACUGAUAAAAAUGCAGCAACUCAUUUAAUAAGAAAUGCUCUAGGUAGAACUGAAUACGGAGUUGAGCAUAGUCGUUUGUCUGCUAUGCUAUCUUUGCCCGAUGAACAAGUGAGAAACUUUCGAGACGAUAUUUCUGUGAUUGUUGUUUUUCUAGAUACUGAUUACUUGCGUCACAGUCCUGCAGAUUGAUUAAAGUUUUAAAAGAAAAAGCUGUCACUGAUUUGUGUUUAUUUGAACAUUUCUCUUUUUAAAAUGUUCAGCAUUAGUGUUAAAUGUCUGAAAAAAUCAUAGAGUGUUUUUAUUUUAUGAAUUAUUUAAUCGGUUUUAGAAGACAAUCAUAGCGUAUGUGCCAUGACAAAUUUCUAUGUGUUAUUAGAUAAAAAAAAUCAUCUUUAGUAGCAAUUCUUUUCACUUUUAAUUGUAAGUGUAUUUUUUUAAAAAUUUCACUAUGUCUUUAGGUAAAAAUCACUAAGUAUUUAGUUAGUUUUUUAUCUGUGCAAAAAAGCAAAAAAUACUAUUUUAACUAGCAAAAUAGUUUUAAAACUAUGCUUUGAAUUACUUUUGACACUUCAUAAAUAGGAUUUUAUUGAAGUAACACAACUUAAACAAAGGCUCCAAUGUAGCGUCACUAGAUGCGUUUGUAAAUUGGAUAUGUUAUGGUCCCUUUAAUUGGUUACAAGAGUCAUUUACAAGAUGACUUUAUAAAUGUUCUUAAGUUUAAACUGUUGGAGGCUUCUCCAAUCGGGGGGAGGAUGAGUCAAAAUAGGCCUGUAGGCACUGUUGUGAGGAAUCACUAACACUCUAUCAAUUAAAUAGGGAAAAUAUCCGUUCUUUCUUUUAUUUCUUCAUUCCAAAAAAGGAAUAUUUUAUUAACUUUUAAACCUCAGGAAUUUUUUGAAAUAAGUAAUUUUUUGACAAUAGUUCAAUCCAUUCUAUUUUCCUUUAAAAUAACAUCUGAGAAACCAGAUUGUUAUGUUGUAAAGCAUGAAUAUCAGAAAACAGAAUUACACCAAAAAGACAAUUAAAUGGUUAAUAUCUUUUGGAAUAACAGGUGGGGGGAGGGAAUCAGUUUGUAUUAUAAGAAAGUACACAAAACAAAGGACUGAAUUCAAUAAUUAGGAUAUUCAAAGGGUUAUGUAAAAAAUUUCUAAAUAAAUCAAAUGAAAAUUAGGGUUAAUCAGUAUAAACUUCGGAAUAUAUAUCUUAGUGUCUUGUGAGUAUUUCCGUGAGAGGCUUGGUGCUCUAUGUUUUAUUGGUACUGCCAUAAUGCCAAAGUUUAAUGCUCAAAGUUUUAUAUUAUUAAUUACUUAAAUAUUAUGAAUAUUUCUUAUGCAAUUGUUCAUUUAACAAAAUUUGAUGUGUUUUACCUCUGAAUUUUUUUAUACUUUUUUUUACAUUUUUCAAUGAAUGUUAAAAACAAAAAUCUACAGUGAAUAUUUUCAUCAAAUACAUUUUAUGAAAUGUAAUGUUAGUGGUAUCAUAUUUCGAUAGCUUGAAGCCAAAUUUGUUACGAAUUAUAUAUUUUGCUUUUCUCCACUUUGUUCAAAUCACUGUGCACUCUCAUUUAUAAGCCUAUGUUGCCUCAUUUUUAUUUUAUGUGUUUCCCCAUAAAAAAUUUAUUUGAGAAUUGUCUUUAAUUUUUGAUGAUUAAAGUUAAGUUUUAUUGUUAAUAAUAUUUUUUUCUCAUCCUAUUUGAAUUAUAGGAAUAGUAAGUAAUUGAAACGGUUUUUAAUGAAUGUAUAAAUGUAUGUUUUGCAUUAUUAAAUUAUUAUACAUAAUAUUAAAAUACUUGCUUAAUGCUUUUAUAUUAUAAUAAUUUAUUGAUCAAUAUUUUUUUUGUGGUUAAAAACAAAUAUGAUGAAAGGAAAUGGUAAAUAAAUCCGAAAAAAAUUUCAUUAUAAUAGGAAAGCGUAACCACAUAAAUAUUCUAUUAUUUUGCUUCUUGCUUGAAGAAAAGCUUUCUUAUCUAAGAAUAAAUUUAAAUUCUAUUUAAAAAUUUAAUGUCAUUAAAAAAAAUUAAAUCAUGUUGACAGGUUUAAUUGACUUUUUUGAAAAAAAAAAUCUGAUAGUUCUAGGAGUUAUUAUAAUAUUAUUGAUCUGUUUUGUUGUUAAUUUCAUGAAUUAAUUGAUAGAAAUUAAAUUUAUUUUUAAAAUAAAAAUUCUUUGUUUUUAACCAAACAAAUGGUUUGUGAUGGCACUUGUGAUAUAUUUCAAAAUUAUUCUGAGUCAUGUUUUAGUUAAAAGCAUUAUAAUCAGUGAUUUAACAGCAAAAAGAAAAAAAUACUAAUUUAUUUAGAUUCCUGAAAUUUGUCUGUAACAUUUUAAAUAUUAUUGAAGUUGAAAUAUAUUUUCUAAAAUGGCCUUCUUGUGCAGUUAAACCACUGACUAUAAUGCCACCUGAAUGCACGUUUACAGAGGAUUGAAGAGCAUUUUGCUGUUUCUUUAAAAACUUGGUUUUGAUUUUCCAUCUGUUUAUUAUUAUGAGUCUAAGAAAAUUAUUUGUUUACGUGAAAGUCGUCUAGUCACUUAUUUUUUUUAGUUUGAAUGCUUACUUUGUUUCACAAGCUUUAUUCUUAAGAAAUAAAUUCAGUUGUUUGUAAAGGUUAAUACUCCUCCUUUUCUUUUUGAAAAUUGUCUUUGUUAAUACCGUUUUAUAGUAAAAUCACUUUAAUUUAAAUUUGGUUUUCAUUUAAAUUGUGGUUUUCAUUUAAAUUGUGGUUUUAUUUUAAAUUGUGAUGAUAUUGAAGCACAUUAGUUACGUUUCACUGCACUGGUUAAGAGCUUUAUUUAAAGUAUUUUAAAUUAUUAAAAAUUGUGCUUGAAAAAUCAUUGUAUGUAAUCAAAGUUAUAAAAUUCAUUUGAAAAUUUAUUAACACUGCAGAAAUCAUAAAUUAAGCUGCUAACUAAUGCCACUAGAAUGAUUACCUUUUCAAUAUUGUUAAAGAACUCAGACUAAUUUCUCUAUUGAAUUUAUAAAAACAUUUUCCCAUCUAUUAUUAUAAACUGUUCUCUCCAGAAAAUCAUAUUUUUUCUUAUACAUUAACAUAAACUUUUCACAAUUAAGUUUAGGUCUAAACUUUUAAUUACCUCACCCUCAUUUUAGUUUGACAUUGUGUUAUACUUUAAGAAGCUAUUUUUAAACUUUUUUUUUUAGUUAUUCAUCUUCAUGUAUGCCAAACUGAUUGAUCUAUUUUUGUGUUGUAAUUGUGAAAAUUAUAUUACUGUUAGUUCUUUUAAAGGAUACGUGUGAGGUCUUCCUGAUUUUAUCUAAUUGUAAUAUGCCUUUUUUUCUCAGAACGAUGUAAAUUUUUAUGACAUAAAUAUUUAUCAAUAUUUCACAUAUUAAUGCCUUCACUGUUUUGUCUAUAUUUAGACUUUAACUGUUUUUUUUUUAAUUAUUUGUAACUUAGAUCAGCCUUUUAUUUUAGUUUGAUAAGUUCAGUUUUGAAAUAAGAUAUCUCUGAAUUACCUUGGUUAAAAAAAAUUAUCAACACAUAUCUUGGCAUAAAUUUAACCGUUUAAAUGCUUUGCCAAAAUAUCUUUUUCACCAUAAAGUUUAUAACUAGGGUUCAUAUAGAUAGUUCAUAGUGAUUUUUAAGUUCAUAUAGAGCUUAAGAAUCCUUAAGUCUUGAUUCAAAAAUCUGUUUUUAAGACCUUUAAAACGUGUUAAUUUUUCAUUUUUGAAUGUUGUUAAUUAAUUAAUUUUUCUUAUGGAAUUUUAGUUUUUUUUAUAAUUGUUUUUAUGUACAUAGCUUACUGUAAAAAAAUUUAUCUCUCAUUAACCAUUAUUAUUUUGCCUAUCAAAAGCUAUGUUAAGCAAAGUUCAUACAGUUACUUAAAAUGAUUAAGAGUUCUUAAUUUAAAAAAAAAAAAAUUAUUUUAAGCCACUUGAAAAAUACCUAUUUUUCUCUUUUGUUGACUUUAAUUGAUUCAGGCUCUGAGUUUCAGGUUUUUUAAAAGUUUUUAUUUUAUUUUUAAAGGAAUUAUUAUUUGCUAUUGACUUUGAUUAUUAAAAGCUCAUUAAGUUGAUAAGGAUUCUUAAAAUCAUUAUAAGUUCUAAAUUGUAAAAGCUAAUUAAUGUAAGACACUUAAAAAGAGCUUAUUUUUCAUUUUUGUCAGUUUUUAAUUGGCUGGUUGUAAUUAUUUAUCACUAAAUUUCAUCUAAUUAAAUUUUUUUUUGAUUAGCUUAAAUGAUUCAUCUGUUGUUGUAAACAUGUCUAUAUUAAGUUAAAAAGUUUUUUCUUCCUUGUGUUGGUACAAUGGAUGUUACAGAUUAUGAUGUUACUAUUUUUAUGAUCUUCCUUUACAAAACAUCAUACAUGAACAAACUCAUAAAACUACUGGCAUAAAUGUAAUUACAUAUUUUUUAAUCCAUGUAAAGUUAGAUACAUAUUUAAUUAUCAUUAAUGUAUAUGUUAAAUAAAGUAAAAUUAUAUAUUUCCUAAUGUUUUUGGAUAACUGUAUAUUUUGCAUAAAAUUUAAUUAACUACAAUGCAUGUAUUUUACUUUAGAAUCAAUGUACUUCUUAGAUGAUUAUUCAAACCUUCAUGUAUCAAGCUCUUGUUCAAAAUUUUUAAAAAAUCAAAAAUCUUAUAAAUUUGCUAAAUUUUUAGUUAGCAAUUUUUAUUUAAUUUAAAAUCUUCCUUUAAUCAUCUUUAUUUUUAAAUGAAGAUUUCUGUUAGGAUUUCUCUAGUUUUAGCUUUGGAAAAGUGUGAUUGUCAUAUGAUUAUAUAAAGCUAUUUAUAUGUGUAGUCAAGAUGCAUCACUACUUUUUUUUCUUGUGUCUAAAUAAUGAUUUUUUUGUUCUAUUGUUAGUUUGUGUUAUUAGUUAUAUUCAGUGUGAUAGUUGAGUUUAUUUAAUGUUAAACUGCUUCUAGUUUAUUUGUAUUUUAAGAAAAAAUUAUUUUUCAGAAUUCUGUGUUGAUUUUUUUUCUGCUUAUGUGACCGAUAAUUAAAAUUUUACAUGAAAGCAGGUUAAGUUGAUAUUAUAACUUUUUUUAAGCUUUUCAUAGUUAAUAAUUCAUGUAAUGUUGCACGAUAUUGUCGCAAUUUUUAUUGUUCUGUGUCCGAUAUAAAUAUUGGGUGUACAAAAUGAGGCCAGAUGUUUAUUUUUGUUACAGUAUGAAACUGGCAGCUACUUACUUAAAUUCUGAAGAAAUUUUUUUGGAAGAAAAUAAUUAUUAAACCAAAAUAAUUUUUUUUUCAGCAAGAGAAAAAACUUAGAAAGUUAAUACUAACACUGAAAUCAAAAUCUUUUCUCUCUUUUUCUAAAUGAGAUGUUAAAAUUUCCUUUUUAUUCUUUUCCAAAAUUUAUUGUCUUAAUUAAUGUGUAAGAAAAUGGUUAGUUUCUUCUUAGUUUUGUACUUAGAAUAACUUUUGACUUAGAGGGAAAUACUGUCUUUUUAGACCAGUAUUAAUAUUUCCCAUUAAGAAUUUUUGGAAUGAAACUUUCUAUUUUUUAAGAAUAGUGUACUUAAAUGGCUUCCUUAAAUUGCACUCAAUAUUAUGCAUUGCUUAAACAGUCAUACAAAUAUAACUGUUAGAUGUAUUUCACACAUGAUGCUCAAACGAUGGUUUUUAUGAGUAAAUAUUUCUUUAUUAUAUAGUGAGAAUACAAAGAUAUUUUUGUCUUAACAACAUUCAACUAAAUGAACCUUGCAAUCUUGCAUUAUUGAACAUCUGUGUUUGGCGUGUGUGCUACUGUUAAAGCUCAAAAGCUGUUAAUAUGCACAUUACAUAGCUAAGCUGCAGAUUAACCAGGGUAAUCCGUAAAAGAGCAGAAUCAAGAGUUUUCCACAAUUUACCUAGAUAAUGUGCGUCUUAAUGAUUUAUGUCUUGUUAAAAUUCAAAAGUUUGUUUCUCUCAUUUUAUCAACUAAUUUAUUAAUUGUAUUUAUUCACACAAUUUAUUAGAGUUUGAAAAGUAAAUAAAUGACAUAUUUAUUUCCUUAAUUGUAAUACCAUUUUAAACCCUUUGAUUCCUUGCAUUAUAGUUUUUAAAGCAAUUAAUUCUAUCAUUUAAUUUGUUGAGUGUAUAACUUGAUUUUUUAAAUAGUGAAAAAGAACUAAAUAAAAUAAUGUUAAUUUAAGCGUACAGAAAUCUUCCAGCCUAGAUCUUUUUUCACUUCAAUGAAUGCCUAGUAGGUAAAGUACAGAUUAUCUAUAGUUUGGAGAUUACCUCUGGGAAAUGAAACAAUUAUUAGUGCUUUAUCUUUUAAUCCAAUAUUCGUGCUUUAUCUUUUAACAGCCAACUGAUUUCUACAUACUUAAUUUCUUACUUCUACCUCUUCAGGCCAUAGGGAGCACGAGAUAAGGGGAGGUAAAGAGUAAUAUUAUGUCUCUCCAUCUCACUCUGUUGGUGGCGCCAAAUACUUUAUCUCUCUCCAUGUUCUGUUUAUUUUAUUUUAUAACCGUCGUUGAACAGCCGACCCAAUUUUUUGGUUUUACGUCUACUAAUGUUCAACUCUGUAGUCUUGCAAUUUUGAGCCCAAUUAAGUAUUAGGAGAAAUUAGCCUUGUGGAGGACUUUUUAAUGGAACCAACCUGCGUUUGCUUUACAUGCAGAGAAAGACCACGAAAAACCUCCCAUGGUUAACCUGAUUGCAAGGAGACUCUCACCCAUGAUCUGUCUAUCACUGAGGAUAUUUUACGUCAGCAUUGUGGUUGGUGCGAGCCGGGUGCGGAAUUGGAAUUGACCAGCCAUUGCUGGAAUUUUAAUCCGGUUCACCUCAUUGGAAGGUGAUUGCUCUAUUCCCUGAGUUAUGGUUCAUGUUUUGUUUAUUGUCUUAUUACUUUUAUAAUAGUUCUCCGUCAUAUCACCGACUCCAUUUUAGGUCUACCCCUUUUUUGUUUACCCUGGGAUGUCUAUUUUACUUUGAAUUAUUCUUGUUUUCUGAUAGUGUAUCCAAUCUCAGACCAUUUACGAUCUCUGUUUUUUAGUUUUAUUGGGUUUUGUUAUACUUUAGAGGUAACGUAAAUAAAAAAUCUAUACAGGGGAUUCAAAAAGUAUGUAAACAAUUCAAUAUCUUGAGAAAUAGAUAUGCUAAAUAACAUUCAAUGGCUAUCACAAAAUCUAAAAUAGAGACCCUCGCUUUUUAAAGCAAAUUUAAAUCCCCCCCCCCCC